AUGAAGCGUCCUACGCUACUGGUGGCAGGAGAAGAGUUCCCUAACCAGAGAGCGGUGAUGGUGGAUGACCCGAAGGCUCCUGGGGGCCAGCGUCUAACUUUCACUGGACCAAUGGCAAACGUUCUUGCUUACGUGGCAAAAGGAACUAACUUCUCGUACACCUAUGAGAGGCCUCAUGACAGGGCCUGGGGAAGCAUAAAGGCCGACGGGUCCUGGUCCGGGAUGGUGGGUUUAGUGAUAACUGAGAAGGUGACCUUCGCUCUUGGCCCGUUUGGUGCUACAACUGGUCGAGCCAAGGUUGUGGACUUCUCAUGGCCAAUCACGAUAGACGAUUGGAGAAUUAUGGGGGGUCGAGGGCGGCCGGAGGUGGAUCCGUGGGGAUUCCUGCUGCCCCUAGCGCCUCUAGUGUGGGCAACCAUCUUAACAACAUUAUUGCUGUUGUCAGCAAUUGUUUGUGUCUCCUACUUCUGCAUAUCUCACAAGACAUUAACCCCGAACAACUGGUCAGAGGGCACCUUCGGUUAUAUUAGAGUUCUGCUACAACAAGGUGAGAGAGACGUAUACAUGAAAAUGUUACUCAUAUGA